AAUCAUUCAGUUAAAAAUUAAAUUUUAUUGCAAUGAAACUUGCUGGUUUUUCACUUCUUUUAUUUUUAACACUAAGUGUGGAAAUUAAUUAUAUAAUAGGUGACCCAAAUUUUGAUGAAAAUUCUACUGUCAAUCAGUUCGCUGUUAACACGACAACAACUAGGUAUAUUAAUAAUACCACAACAAAAUAUACAAAUGUCACAACAACGACGACUAGAUAUGGAAAUAAUACAACAACAACCAGAUAUCAACCAACAACUACGACAACUAGGUACCAACCUACGACAAGAUAUGUAACAAAUACUACAACAACUAGACCUAAUGUGAUAACAACAACAACCCGACCAAUUAAUAUUACAUCCACAACUCCUGUAUUUAAUUUCACAACAAUAACAAUGCAACCUACAGUUGUACCAGCAUCAAUUCAAUGCAAUUAUUUCAGUUCAUCUACAAUUUAUGGAUGUGAUUUGAAAAUUUAUAAUCCUGAUGGACAAGAGUUCUCAGUCAUUUACGGUGCUCAUUUGCCACAAAAAUUCGAUAUUGAUGUUUUUGAAGUGUCUGGAAAAUUUCAAAAUACAAAGAAUAUUCCAUCAAUCAUAUGCAGGAAGUACAUCAAUUUAAAGACACUUGACAUUUUUUGGAGUGAAGUUUCAAUUUUAACUUCGGAGAGCUUCAAAAACUGUAAUAAUUUAGAGACUCUGGAUUUAAAAGGAAAUAUUUUAACAAAAAUCCCUUUUGGCACAUUUGGAUAUCAUUAUAAGCUAAGGAUGAUAAAUUUGGAACGAAAUCAAAUCGAAAUAAUUGAAGAUUCUGUAUUUCAUGGCAUAAAACUCUUUGAACUUAAUCUUGGAUAUAAUGAACUUCGAAUGGUGAACUCAACAUGGUUUUACAGGAACAGUGGUUAUUUAAGAAAACUUUUAGUUCCUGGAAACAGAAUUACAAAAAUGAUCCGAACAGAUUAUGGAAUGUUUGGGAGUAUAGAGUACUUGGAUAUGAGCAUGAAUCCAAUUAAAAAUAUUCAGAUUAUUGAUUUUAAUAUGAUGUCAAAUGUUGAAACAUUAAAACUUGAUGACUGUGAAAUUUCGGAACUAUAUUUGGGCAACUUUAAUUUGCUUGUCAAUUUAAAGUCCUUAAGUAUCAACAACAAUUUGAUUCGUGAAUUUCCAAGUGAAACGUUUUCUUAUCAACCAUAUCUGACUGACGUGUCUGCAUCUGGCAACAGAAUUACAUCAAUUGAUUCAAGAUCGUUUGGAAAUACAAUGCCAAGAUUGAGAUCACUUUAUAUUCAAAAUAAUCAAAUAGAUUCAAUAGAUCCAGAAUUUUUUAACAAUACUAAAGAUCUUUCUGCUUUGUUCCUGGAUGGAAAUAUGUGCAUCAAUAGAAGUUUUAUUAUUGAAACUUUAAAUCGAGAAAAUGUUAGACAAGAAAUCGAGCCUUGUUUUAGAAACUUUAGAUAUGUUAGAUGUUCAUAUUCUGGAUCUCCUGACUUUAUUUGCCAAAUGAGUGUGAGGAAUUUAGUUGGAGUUGAUGAUAUUGAGAUUGUUGAAGGUCAACAUCCAUCAGGGUCCAAUAAUAACGACGUUAGAAUAGUUAAUAUAAUCAAUGGAACAUCAACAAUAUUCCCGUCAGUUAUCUGCAAACAAUUUAAUAAUCUUCAAGAAAUAACUGCAUCAGGAAAUGGAAUUACAAGUUUAACUACAUCGGCUUUCCAAAAUUGUAGAAACUUAAAGGUCCUUCAAUUGAUCUCACAAGAAAUUUCAGUCAUUCCGGAAAAUACUUUCGCAAAUUUAUCGAACCUUCAAACUUUGUCAUUAAUGUUGAACAAAAUUCAAACAAUUAGUUCAAGAUCAAUGAUUGGUCUGAGCGCAAACAUGCAAAACCUAUACUUAAAUUCAAAUUUGAUUACAAGAAUUGAAAAUGGAGCAUUUACCAGCUUAGCAAAUGUCUCAAGAAUACAUCUUAAUUCCAACAGGUUGACUGCAGUUAAUUCAUUAUCUUUUGGUGCCUCAUUAAGACAUUUAACUGAGUUUUCAGCAAAUUAUAAUCAAAUUAAUGAAAUUGACCCCAUUUGGUUUAAUAACUCAACAGUUUUAGAUACUUUAAACUUAACAGGAAAUGUUUGUGUCAAUGCAAGUUUUGUAAAUGUAAGAAGCACACGAACUUAUGUGUCUAGCCAAUUGCAAAAUUGUUUUAAUCGUUUUCGAACUUAAAUUUA